AUGGAAGCUGAUCAAGUAGCUCAUUUUUUAGAGCUAGAAGAUAGAUUGGCUAAGAUUAGAUUACAAAUAAAUUCAAAAUUAGAUAAUCAAAAACAUGUUGCUAUCAUUCUAUCUGCCGUCGAGGAGAAUAUGGAUGCCCAACAAUUAGCUAACGAAACAUCUAAAAAUAUUAUAAAUUAUAUGCUUUCCUUUUUAUCAUUAUUAGACCAAGCUAUAGAUUCUCAGAAAGGUACUAUUAAAGACGUUACUAUAUCUACCUCCGCUACUUAUUUAUUAGACCUGAUCUUUCAAUAUUCACCAAAAAAAUUACUGAGAUCAAAAUUCCCAGAAAUUCUAACAAAAAUCGCUCCUUGUUUAACUUGUGUUGAAGCUCCUUUAAACAGAUCUGCUAUUGGUUGUUUAGAAUCAUUGUUGGUUGCACAAGAUGCUCAAGCAUGGAAUAACACACAUAACUUGAACGUCACCCCAAGAAGAGGUUUGCAAGGUUUAUUAGAAUUGAGUAUAGAUCCAAGACCAAAGGUCAGAAAGAGAGCUGUCGAUGCAAUCGUAAAGAUUCUGCUAAACCCUCCUGCCGCUCCAUCUGCUGAGCAUUUGGGUUCCGCUUUAAUUGCAGCUUUCUGCUUAAAGGAAUUAACUUCAAUUUUAAAUGAAAUUUCUACAAUGUCAAAUAAAAAGUUAAAAACACAAGGUGGUGAGUUGAACUCCAAAUUGAUUCAUAUAUUAAAGUUGAUCAGUAGAAUUGUUUCUACAAACCAAUGGCCAACUGCUCAUAUUGACCAACUUUGUGAUUGUUUGCUAGAAGUCACCAAAUCAUCCGAACAAUAUAUAGUUUCAUCAUCCUUUGAGUGUUUCGAAAAUUUAUUUAACUCUAUUGCAGAAUCUUCCCAGUUAGGUUUAGCUGAGAAUAAGUUCUUGAAUGUUUUAAAUAUUAUUUUGGAAUUGACUCCAUCAAAUAAAGACACACAUUUGACAGGUCCAUGGAUUGCUGUCAUCGUGAAAGGUAUCUCUUCUUAUGCUAUUAGUCAACCUUUGAAGGCAAUUGUUACAAUCCCACAGAUUUUCAAACUAAUGGCAAAUUACCUAUCUAGCGAAGUUCCAGAGAUUUAUUACAGCGCUUCUCAAUGUUUGAUUGCCAUUUUAACAAAUGCUGUAAAUGAUAAACUUUUGUUGGAAAAACCUUUGGUAGAUGAUGUUACUUAUGACACUGUAUCCAACCUUUUGGCGGAAUUAUCCGAACAUUUUGUCGAAUUAUUAUCUAUUAGAUAUACACAUUGCGCAAAAGAAAUUUUAAGCAUCCUUUCUGCAGCUUUCAAUAAAUUCCGUUACAGAGCUAACCCAUAUUUGAUCAAACCAUUAUUAAUUGUCGACCAAUGGAGAGUUAAUGAAGAAAACUUUUUAGACUUUAGAAAUGAAGCAGAAUUAGUGAUCGGAUCUGCCAUUAGUGGUAUGGGCCCUGAAAUUGUUUUGUCACACUUGCCAUUGAACUUAGAAAAUCCUUCUGGAAAUGCACCAGGUAGAGCUUGGUUAUUGCCAAUAUUGAGAGACCACACCAGACAUGCUCAACUAGCUACAUUUGUAAAUGAACUAUCCCCUCUUAUUACAAGUUUUGAAAGCAAGUAUUCAAAAGUUCCAAAGGAAUCCGUUCAAUUAAAGAUUUUCCAAACAGUAGUUGAUCAAAUUUGGUCCACUUUACCACAUUUCUGUGAAUUACCUACUGAUUUAGUUGAAACUUUUACUGAUGAAUUUGCAGCCGAAUUAUCAUCUUUACUAUAUUCUAAGGUGGAAUUAAGAACUACCAUUUGUAAUUCUUUAAAAAUGUUGGUUGAAAGUAACACUGCUUAUGUCAAUGGUGCUUUGGCAGAAGAUGUCAUUUUACAACAACGUUUACCAGUUGAAAAAUCCAGAGAAUACAUCGAUUAUUUGUCAACUAAAGCCUCCAACAUACUAGCAGUUUUAUUCAAUAUUUAUACCCAAACAUCACCAAAUACCAGGGGAUUUAUCCUUGACACUAUUGAGUCAUACUUAAAGAUCACUUCUGAGGAUGAUAUCGUUAAAACUUUUAAUAAUGUCUGUGGUUUGUUAAAAGAUGCAAUGGAUAAAGAAGGUAAUAAUGCAGUUAAAGGUAAACCUCAAUUAAGCGCAACAUUAUUAGAUCUAGUUGUUUGUAUGACCAAAUAUGUUCCAGCUAGUUCAUAUUCUGCUCUAUUUGCUAUUUUUGGUAUUACUGUUACCUCAAAGGCUGCUUUAACCCAAAAGAGAGCUUACAGAAUUAUCAUUAGACUAUCUGAAUUGGAAUCUGGUCAAGAUGUGUUAGCACCAUAUGUUUCCGACAUUGUCACUGUAAUCCUAACCAAUGCUGAAACUGUUCAGACUUCUUCUAAGGCCUCAAGAUUGGCCGCUAUCAAGACAUUAGUUCAAUUACUACCACCAAACCAAUUAAACUUCAUUGUUCAAAUUGUUGCUGAAAUCAUUCUUUGUACCAAAGAUGUCAACGAAAAGACAAGGGAAUUGGCUUUCGAAACCUUGAUUACUAUGGGUAAGAAGAUGGAAGAUCCAAACGGUAUAAUCUCAUUAUCACAAAUCCCUGGCUACGAUCCAGCAUCUCCAGAUCAACAAUCUUCAUUAACUGAAUUCUUCAAGAUCAUAUCAGCAGGUUUGAUUGGUGAAUCUCAACAUAUGGUCAGUGCUACUAUUACUGCUUAUGCAUGCAUAGCCUUUGAAUUCAGAAAUGAGUUGGAUAUGAAUAUGUUAAUGGAAAUAUACGACACCAUUGAAUUAUAUUUGACUUCUAACUCAAAAGAAAUUGUCAAAAGUGCUAUUGGUUUUACUAAGGUUUGUGUUUUAGGCUUGCCUAUUGAAGCCAUGAAGCCUAAGAUUCCAGAAUUAUUGCCAAAGUUACUACGUUGGUCAAAUGAACAUUCGGGUCAUUUCAAAUCAAAGGUCAAGAAUAUAAUUGAAAGAUUGAUUAGAAAGUUUGGAUAUGAAUUUAUUGAAGAACAUUUCCCAGAAGAUGACAGAAAAUUAUUGACUAAUAUUAGAAAGACACGUAACAGAAACAAGAGAAAGUCUGAAGAAGAAGAACAAGAAGGUAAUGUACCAGCAGAAUCUAACAAGGGUUCAAGAUUUAUGACUGCAUUCGAUGAAGCUGUUUAUGAUUCCUCUGACAAUGAAGGUGAUGAUGAAGAGGAAAAAUCUGGUAGAGGCAAGAAGAAGAACUCUAAACAAUUUAUCAUCGAAUCUGGUGACAACCCACUGGAUUUAUUGGAUUCCCAAGCCUUAGCUCAUAUAUCUUCUACAAAGGUAAGAAAAUCCAAUAAAGAUCAACGUAGAAGAAUGUUAUCUGAUGAUACAUUCAACUUUGAUGCUGAUGGUAAAUUAGUUGUUAAAGAUAAGGGUAAACAAGACAUAGAUAACGAUGAUCCACUAAAAUCAGUAACAAGUGGUAUUAACGCCUAUCUAGAUGCUGUUAGACACGGUCCAAUUAGAGGUCAAAAGAAUAAGUUGAAAUUCAAGAAAGGUUCCAAAACUGAUGACAUGGACAGUGAUGAUGAAGGUGGAAACGCUCCUUCUAGAAGGGUAGAAACUAAGAAUAGAAUUGGAAAAGGUGGUUUUAAGAGAAACCAAAAAUUUAAAUCCAGAAGAAAAUUAUAG